AAUUCUGUGCUGUAGCAGUUUCCCUCUAAAGCAACUUUCUUAGCAGUUUCCCCUGUUUCAGAAGUCUUCACUUCACACGGUUUGUAUGUGCCUUUCUUCCUUCAAUCUUAGUUUCGUGCUUCCCAUUUUGUGCUUGGUCUCUCUUGACUCUUGCAAGAUUUUUCUCAGGUACGUACUCUGAUUUUAUGAUUCUGUUUUUAUCUUUACUUAAAUCUAUGCUUUAAUUGCUUACAAUUCGUUUCUUUUGAUUCUGCUUCUUGUUUUUCGGUUUAGUUUGGUUGUGUCGUAUGUGGGGUUUUUUUUUUUUUUUAAUUUUCUUUUGUCUUGUUUAUUUGUUGACUUGUGCUUUUGUUGUUUACAUGCAAUGGUCAAUUUCGCCCUCGUUUACUUGGGUUCUUUCUUGUUAUCCAAACAAAACCCACGUUUUCUUAUUCAUUGAAUUUGAUGUUAUAUGUGUUUUUCACUGUUUUGUGUUCUUAUUCUUGAUGUUUCAGGUACCCUGUAUUUAAUCGUUUGGCCUCUUUAUGUUAUUUCUUGUUUAUGACAAAAUUGGGAGAAAUUUUUUUGUAAUAUUAUGUGAUCUUGUUGAUUUUUUUUUUUUUUUUGGGUAAGAAACAGUAACCCAACUCAGUCAAAUGAUUAAUAUCAUUUAUCAUUUAUCAUUUUAGUUAAUUUCUUACACUUUUUAUCUAAAACUUAACAAUUAGGAUCAUAAUUACUUAUCACUUUUUUUUUCUUAUGUUACAAAAGAAUUGAAGCCAUGAGUAUGGAGUUACUAAAUGUUCAAUUUGUAGAAUAUGAUUGACAUUUCAGUUUCUGUUUGUUUUUGGUCUUUUUAAUAUCUUCUCUGUUUCUUUAUCUUUUCAAGUAUAAAUAAAGGGACAAAAUUAUUGGAAUAAGAAGGGCCUAUGCCAGUAAGUAACGUCUCAAUAUCCUGUUUGUAUACCAAUUGGUAUUAAAGAUUCCUUUUUCGAACUUUUUACCCUUGUAUCUACCUUUCUUUUCUUUCGGUUUCUUUGAAAAGAUUUUUUAUUAUAGAAAUUUGUUCUGGUUUUCAUUCUGAUUGAUGUUGCUUCUUUUUUGUAUUUCUAGAUAAUACUUGACAACCUGUCUAGAUUGUAACUGUUUAUACCACCAUAGCAAUCUCACUGAAAGUCUUUCUUGAUUUAUCCAGGAACAUUUAUUGAUUACUUUACAGAUUCAGUUAGGAUUCUACUUUAAGAAUGUUUGGCUUAAAGAAAUCUCCCAUAAGGGUUGGUAAGCAUAACUCAGCUGAUCUUGGAUAUCAGGCUUCCUCUUGCUCCAAACCUUACGACUCUGACAAUGAGUUUGACAAUAAGCAGACUCUUAAACCCUCAAAAAGGACUUCUUCUGAACCCAACCUAACCACUCCAAAUAUGAGCACUAAUCCUUUUGAUGAUGAUGAGAUAAGAAAGACUUCUCCUAGAUUCUCUUAUUCACAUAAUGCAGCUGCCAGAAACAGAUACAAGAAUGAUUUCCAUGACUCAGGUGAAAUAGAGAACCAGUCAGUGCAAGAAUUGGAGGACUAUGCUGUUUACAAGGCCGAGGAGACUACAAAGUCAGUGAACAGUUCUCUGAAGAUUGCUGAAGAGAUAAGAGAGGAUGCUACAAAAACUUUGAUCACGUUGCAUCAUCAGGGUGAACAAAUUACCAGGACACACCACAAUGCUGCUGACAUUGACCAUGAUCUUAGUCGGGGUGAGAAGCUUUUGCGAAGCCUUGGGGGCAUGUUCUCUAGGACUUGGAAGCCAAAGAAAACCUGCCCAAUCAUGGGCCCUGUCAUAACAAGAGAUGAUCCUGUCCAAAGGAAGGGUAACCACAUGGUUCAGAGGGAGAAGUUGGGACUAAGUCAUGCCUCCAGGGGACCAGCAAACACACAAGCACCUUUGCAUGAGCCAGCAGAUGCUUAUCAGAAAGUUGAGGUGGAAAAGGCAAAGCAGGAUGAUGCACUUUCAGAAUUAAGCAAUAUAUUGGGAGAUUUGAAAGAUAUGGCUAUCGAUAUGGGGUCUGAAAUUGAUAGUCAGAACAAAAAACUGGAUAAUAUGCAAGAUGAUGUGGAUGUGAUAAAUUUCCGAAUGAGAGAGGUGAAUGCAUGCGGUCGUCGUUUGCUCGGAAAGUAGUCUUUCAUAUAUGCUUAGUCUGCUGAUACAGUCGCUGCCAUCCACAUACAUUUGUAUACCUAAAGUGGAUAUACAUAGUUUUAUUGCUUAAAAUAAAUCUUGGAAAACAACAUAGAGCUACAAUGGAAAUUCACAGUGCGAUACAAUAAACUAAAAUACAUGAGAUGAAAUUAGCAUGCCCAA